AUGAUAGUUGAAACGACGCAAGAGAAAUCGGCAGCCUCCAAGACCUACAUUAAUUUCGAACAACAGCAUCAUCAGUAUCUGAACAGCGUAAUGGAUAUGAAGACGAAGACGACCGCCGCCGCUAUCCCUAGGAAGAACGGCGUACCUUUCGCGGAAGCGAAGAAAGUGGAAUACCGGCGAUCGUUGUCGCAAGGGGCGGGGAAAAGGAUGUUCUCCAUGAGCUAUUUCAGCUUGGAAUCGUUCCUUCUGCUGAUCGGCCUGACGGCGUCGCUGCUGCUGCUGCCGUUGAUCCUGCCGCCGUUGCCGCCGCCGCCGCUGAUGCUUCUGCUUGUUCCGAUCUGCAUUCUGGUAGUUCUGAUGAUGUUGGCUUUCACGCCGUCUAAGGUCCGGGACAUGACGUACACGUAUGUGUAA